UCAUCUUAUUUUAGGAAGUUAUUCUCUCAGAGAGAAAAUUUGGAAUGAACACCAGACUUAUUUUAUCGUUUGAUCAGUGAGAUUUAAAUCUGUCAUCAGUCGUUGUAACAACAAGGAGUGAUGACAGGCCGGUUUCCCCAGGACUUAUUCUUACCGCCCGGUCAACGCUGCUCCAAACUGGAAUAUGUCAACAGCUGCAGGAGGGAUUUCUGUGAAAUGAUGUCCCCUGACAUUCAGGGUUAAUGUCUCAAAAGCUCUGGAGUCAUUUUCAGCUGAUUCAGGGGGUAAUAGUCCCGAUAAUAUUUCUCACAGAGAAUGACUCACAGUUAAUGCGUUUCUACUGUUUGGAUUCAGGUUCAAUCAAACCAUUAAACUAAAACGUUCAAACAAAACUUUUAAUGAAAGUUACAUCUUAAUUCCCAGGGUACAUUUCAUUGACAUUUUGAGAAAACGGAAAACUCUUCAUUCACUCUGGUCUGGUGCUUUAGGGUUCAGGGUCCUGCUCAAGGACACGGAGCUGGGAAUCAAACCCCAGUUAUUGGUUAGUGGACGACCCGCUCUAACUCCUGAGCCACAGCACAAGCCUCUACAUGGAAGGCUUCGAUGCAGCUGCAAGGAGACAGGGGAAACACAAGCAGAGAGUUUGGCUGAAAGUUUUCUCCAGUGGCCUGAAAAUCCUGGAUGAGAGGAGCGGGGCUGUACUUCAUGACCACGAGAGGAGCCGGAUCAGCUCUUUGACAGAAGACGAGUCGGACCCCAGAGCUCUGGCCUACGUCUACCAGCACCAAGACACCUACAGCCUCUUCUACAUCAAGAUGGCUAACCUGGCAGGGCCAGUCCUGGCCGACAUCAAAGAGGUUUGUCAGUGUGAGGACCAAGAGACGCCACAGGAACCUGCAGAGACACAGACACAAGUCCAGGGCUCCUUACUGGUUCUAAAUGACAGUUCAUCCUCUCCAGAUGAGGCCCCAGCUUUUGAGGGUGUGUUCAGUCCGCGACCGGAGUCUUCACUGGGACGAUCCCAGCAGCAGGUCUCUCCCAGAAAUGCGCUGAUGGAAGUUUUCUCCAUCCAGAUGGACGAGCCGAUAUCACCGACCGACACAAGCUGUACCAGUCAGCCUGAUUCUCCUCAGCCAACACUCUCCACCUCUCAGAUCCUCUCCAUGUUCCCCACUCAGCCACCAGGGGGCUCUCCAUACUCCUCUCCACCAUACUCUCCUACCCCCGUGCCCUGGGGCCAGAAUGUUUUGCCAGGAAACCAGUGGGCAGGUCCAGCUAUGGCGCCCUGGCCAACCACGCCUGGCAACAUUGCUGCAUGGCCGCCAGCAGCCAUCACAGCGCCCCCUGCAGGCAGUCCUCACGGCAUGCUGACCUCUCCUCCAGGGGUCAUGUGGGGAGGCAGCACACCUUCUUCACCCACCACUGCCAACGGUUACGCUUCACCUGUAAACUCCAUCAAUGUCCCCAGUGGAGCCACAGGAUCAAUGCAGUCAGUGCCCACUAGUUUGGACCAAAAUCUGCUCCUGUGAGGGAAACUUCACAUCAAUGCUUCAGUCACGAAGCUCUCGUCCAGUGUCUCUUAAUAAAUUAUAUUAUAGUCGUGACCAUGGUCAAUGUAUGGCUAUUGGAAGACACAGAAGAGGACAUUAAAACAGGAAACCUUUCAUAAUUAUUAUUAUUAUUAUUAUUAUUAUUAUUAUUAUUAUUAUUAUUAUCUAAGAUAUUGGAGUAAGUAGUAUUUACACAAAAUGUCUGCUCCUUAAGAACCACAAAGAUAUGUUGGUAUCUUUACGUGUCUUUAUUGGUGUUAUGUUUAAUUUUCUAUAUCAAAUUCACUGCAAACAUCUGUUUUGAUGUUAAUCAUUUAUUCAGUGUUCCUCACGUUCGGUUCUGUGGGUUUUGGACGGAUCAAUUUCCUUGUCCAGAUCAAGGGUCUAUUGUAGAUUUGCGAUAUUGGGCAAUAUGAUCAAAAUGAACUUGACUUGACCUGAAUAAAAUAUGUAGAGUACGAC